AUGUCCCGGAAGGGUGUUGGAAUCGGGGCCUUUGACCGCUCCCGCAUCACCUCCGCCCAGUAUGCUAGUCACGGUAGCAAUCUGCGUAACACGAACGCUGCCGCCUUAGAGACCCAGCUUGCUGUCUUCCGCUCUCUCCUGCAACAGUUUGCCCAGACCCACGCCAAAGAUAUCCGCUCCGACCCUUCGUUUCGCGCUCAGUUCGCUCGCAUGUGCGCCGCAAUAGGCGUCGACCCCCUGGCCUCCUCGUCCUCCUCAUCCUCCUCAUCGUCAGGCAGCUCCAUCUGGGCACAGCUCCUUGGCCGUCCGCUCAACGACUUUUACUUUGAGCUUGCCGUCCGUGUCGUUGAGGUGUGCACUGCUACCCGACCCGAAAACGGCGGCCUGAUCGGCGUCCGCGAGGUGAAGGAGCGCAUCACGAAAACACGUCCUGAAGGUAGCCCCGAGGUGACGGAGGACGACAUCCUGCGCGCCGUAGGGACCCUGAAACCGCUCGGCAGCUCCUUUAGCGUCAUCCGUGUCGGAAGGAAGACCUAUAUUCGCAGCGUGCCCAAGGAGCUGAACACCGAUCAGAGCGCCGUCCUCGAAGCUGCCCAGGUGCUGGGCUACGUAAGUGUUGGGAUGCUCAUGGAUAAUCUCGGCUGGACCCGCGCCCGUGCCGUCACCGCGAUUGAGGACCUCCUUGGAGAAGGCAUGCUUUGGGUUGAUAAGCAGUGUCCUGGCGAGUGGGAAUACUGGAGUCCCGAUUUCAUGGUGAAUGGAGCGGCAGGGGCAGCAGGU